AUGGAACAGAACCGACCAAUGGAGCAUAUGAAGAGGAAUCAGAAGUCGAAUUCUCACAACACGCAACCAGUUCGAAUAAUAAAUGCAAUUCACGGUCGGCCAGAACCUGCCGAAGAGUCAGAUGAACUGCUUCGAACACGCCUUCGCCAGGCACAGAUGAAGAGAAGGAUAGGUGGUGUAAACACUCUGCACCAACAGAGCGCAUCAAGGCAGAUAAAGUUUGACGCAACAGAUCUAUUGCGUGUUCAGAUCCCUCAUGAGGACCCAUUGGUCGUAAGUUUGACAGUGGCCAAAUGCUUGGUGCGCAGAGUUCUAAUUGAUCCUGGAAGUAGUGCGGACAUUAUGCCAAGGGACACAUUCGAUCGACUCGAGAUCAAACAGGAUCGGCUGAAAUCCACCGGGAAUCCACUACUAGUGUUUGAUGGAAAACGAGUAGAGCCCGUCGGUACGGUAGAGGUAGCGGUACAUGCUGCCGAAAGGGUUAUGAUGGAAACCUUUGUGGUUGUUGAAAUUCAUCCCUCUUACAAUCUUCUGAUGGGCAGAGGGUGGAUCCACAGAGUUCAAGGUGUUCCUUCCACUCUGCAUCAGGAGCCUCCCUCCAAGCAGAAUGGGGAAGAGGAGCCAGUGGACUUGACUGAAGAACCCCUGUGUGAAGUGCAGAUCGAUCAGUUCCGAUCGGAACGAACAACCAGAGUGGGGAAACGACUCGCUGAGGAGAAAAAGCAGGAGUUAGUUAAUUUUUUGUCUCAAAACGCAGAUGUGUUUGCAUGGAGUCACCUAGACAUGCCAGGGAUCAAUCCUUUUAUAUCUUGUCACUCCUUGAACGUUAAUCCCAAUGCAAAACCUGUAAAGCAGAAGCAGCGACGGUUUGCUCCCGAGCACAACCGAAUCAUUGCCGAGGAGGUUGACAAGCUGCUUGAUGCGGGGUUUGUAAGAGAAGUGUACUACCCUGACUGGUUAUCAAAUGUUGUCGUUGUGCAGAAGAAAAAUGGGAAAUGGUUAUAA